CAUUUUUACACAGGCGUGUGUGCGUUCAUUAAUGAGGAGAUUUGUCCUUGAACAAAUGAGACACUCUUAUAUUCUGAUUGCAAGUAUUAAUUUUUUUUUUAGCCCUGGUAUUUACAUUUUGAAACAGUUAUUAAAAACCGAUCUUAUCAGUAGCGUGUCGUGACUUGCCCAUCGGUUGUUUGGCUUCUUUCGCAGAAAGCUCUGGGCUGCUAAUUUUCCGGGUUUAUUUUAUUUAUUUAUUUAUUUUUUGUUGUUGUUUCUUAUCCUGGAAGAACCGGACAAAAGUCACGCAAUUCCUGAAAGCUCGGAAUAAGAGUGACAGUCCUGGGGAAUCCCGGGAUAAAAUUAAUAACAUUAAAAAAUUAUUUAUCAACUUGUUAUGGAGACGACGUGUUUACGUCACGUUCCCCGUGCCGUGAACUCUGACUGACCCCAAAUUAGGCACAUUAGGCGUGGCUAAUUUCCUUUGAUCUUGGCCUUUUUUUUACUACCACUACCAAUUAAAAAUAAUUAAUAUAUAUAUAUAUUAUCAGUUAAUAUAUGUAAUAAUAAUAAUUAAUACAAUGUGUACGGUUGUUCGAGAUCUUUCAGGAGAUUAGGAUAAAAAAGCGGGAUUCCUUUUUGAAGCAGGACAUAUGUUUACUUCACAUAAUAAUUGUGUGUUAUUAUGUGUGUGUGAAUUCGUAUUCAUCAUUGUACCUUAUUUUUGUGGCACAUUGUAUUAACUGUGUACCGGUACAAGAUAUCCCAUACUCUGUAAUUUGAUGAUUGUAAUUAUAUUUCUUUUCUUUUGUGAUUAUAUUGAAACUUAAAUAAAUCUUAUUAAUUUUAAAUUAGAAACUGUUUUGAGUGUCGUAUUUUUGUUAUUGUAUUUCUCAUAUGGUAUAUUCCUUUGUUAUGUACUGUUUAGAACGAGCCAUAAACUUAAAAUAAGAGAUUAAUUUCUCACCAUGGAAGGCAGUGCUUAACACAACUAUAUAAGAGUUGAGUUCUCUAUUAAUGGAUGAAAAAUGAUGUUUAGGCUAGGUUAAAAUCUGGUGACUUUGCUAAGUGUUGCUUAAUUUCCCACUGCUUAGCCCUAAUAGUAAAUAACUCGCUAAACCAUGCAUCUCAAAAAAAAUUUUGGAAAGGAUUUCGGUGAUGUCGCCUGCUGCAACAGCAGAAUACGAGAAAUUGUUAUUUCUAAACAGUUUUCUUGUUUUAUUGGUGUCUUAAAAUUGAAUGACAAGUUCAAUCGUGACAUAUUAAAUAUAUGAGUGACUAUUAUCUGAUAUAGCAGAAUUAUUUUUUUUUUUCAAAAUGUUUUAUUUCAUACAUUUUCAUUUAAAAGCCUUUUCCCCAAUAUAUCUCGGUAAAGGCCAAUGUUCUUGAAUAUAACUGGUCGUCUUGAAAACGCUUGGUAAUCUGUGUGCUAGGGUUAAUGAGCUGUAUAACUCGGCGCAGUGAACUAUAUUUCAAACAUCCUGGUUUAUAUCGACAAUUGUUCAAUGCAUCUCAAAUUAAAUCACCGAGGAAGACUCACUUAAGUGGAGAUAAUUCGUUGGAUCUUUUCACUACUGUUGUUCGUCAAGAUUGAACGAUAGAGUAAUGUUAUUAUCUGAACACGGUCUAUCGUAGGCCCUCAGGGAGAAACUAAAUUACAUUAGCGUGGUUGGAUUAUUUCGGCAUGUACGCCUUCAAAAUAUUUAUCUACCAGCAUUUCCAGCUUCACUUUUUUUCAUACACUGCUAAGAUCUUAAACAAAUAUUAUGGUGAACUACCUACCGAAAAGUGACGAAGCAUUAUGUAGAGAGCAUAAAUAUUACACGCGAAUAAAUUUAAUAUACAGAACAAUCAUGUUUACUAUUUCCGUCCACGUAUGUAUUUGACAGAUUUGUUUGACAAGUGAAAAGAAGAACGAUGGAAGCUCAGCAUCUAGCAGAUUCUCCAGGAAAUGUGAUAAAUGUGGUAAGUUGCUAUACGGCAAGUUUAGACGACAAAAAGAUAGUUUUUACUGAAAAAAAUCUUUAAUUGUUAGUAUAUAAUCUAAACUUGGAUGAAAGCGGAGUAAAAGUUCCAUUAGUUUAAAACAUUUAUACACUAGUUUCAAUAUGUUAAAAACAACCACACACAUUCCCAACAACAUCAGAACCUCUAAAAAACUUAAGAAGGAAGAAGAAAUGUAAAUGGUUCGAGAUAUGCAAUACUUUAAUUUAUUGUUGUAAGUUAAUCAAGGAUUACAUUUCUACUUUUAUAAAAUUAUUUUUUAACAUUGUAAAUGAGCGAAGGGUAGGGUCUUCGGAAUAGUAGUCGCAGCAACGAUGUGAAUAGUGUGCUCCAUAAAGACCAUAAACACCAGUCAUAUAACGGUGUUAUAAAAAAACAACAACUGGUGUUGAUUAAUUAGUCACUUGUCAUUCUGUAACGUAAAAAACAAAGCCCAGAAUUUAGCCCAGAUCGAUCGCAGGGUCCAGGUGUGUAUCCUCCGUGUUCUUAGAAAAAUAAAAACUGAUACCGCUAUUACCAAGCCCAUAAUUUGACCUACAUUACACGCAUGAUCUGCACCUGUAACUUUGCUAAUAGAGCUGCAGUGCAAUGGGACACUAAAGGCGAAGUACGACACAGUUGAGCCUGCACAGCUCACUCGUUUCAUGCCUUAAGAAAUGUCCCAGCUUCAUCUACAUGCAGCUCAAAACUUGCGCAAGUUGGGAAGCACAUAUAUGUGUGAGCAGCUGUUUUCUGUGAUGAAGGUUAAACAAAAAAUCACACAGGAAUCGUGUCAUCAGGGCUGCCACUCACUUUUUUCAAAUUUCCCAAGAUUUGGUGAACAAAUUUCCCAAGAUUUCCCAAGAUCAUACAAAUAUAUACGAGUUUUUUUUUUUAAAGGGGGGUUUUCUAUGUAAUUAAUGUAAUAAUAGAUUGAAUCAAUGCCCCUGAAAAACAUGGUAUAUUAAUGGACUGAAAUUUAUUGAAAAAGACAUUUAAAACAUGUUUAUCACAUUUAAAAAAAAAAAAUUUGUUUUUAAAAAAAUAAUUUAUAAUCCAAAAUAUCAAUACCCACUGGAGUUAGGCUACUAAAUAUUACCUCCGAAUUCUCUGAUAAAAAUAUAAUCUACAAUACAUGUGUAAUAGAAGUCACUUGGAAAAAAAAAGCAUACAAGGCUAAUCAACACAGAAUUCCUUUUACAAAGGCAAAAGUUUCUUCAUCAAAAAAUGAUUUUUUAUUAUUGUAAAUCUGUUGAUUACAAGUGGGGUUUGCAAAGCAAUUAAGCAAAAUUUAUUAAUAAUAAUUGUAGUUAAAAUGGAUUGAUAUUACGAUGAAAACAAUAAGUGUUUUAUUUUUUCUUGUAAAAUUUACAUUAUAACGAUUUUUUCACAAAAAAAAAAAUACUUUUAAAGGAAUUGUUCAUUUAUAAUCCUACAACGUAGGCCUAUACUGCCUAUACUAUUAAUAUCUUAGUUACCCGUGUUUCAAUCCACAAAUAUUUUUUCUAAUUGAUGAAAAUUAGGCUGGAUUUUUUACAGAUGCAUUAUAUUUUGAACACAUUGUAGAAGUAAUUGAAAUAAUAAAAUUCUACUAUGGCAUGGAUUCUUGAUUGAACACUAUCGUUCACUCUUUGGCUUGUACUGUUUUUCGUAUGGUUGCUAAUGUCUAAGAGCAUAAUGAUAAAGUUUCCGAGCCCACCCCCCCCCCCAUUUAAUAAACAUUCAAAACCUGGAUGUAAUUUGUAAAUCUUCAAUUUUUUUUUUUUAAAGAGAAAAUUGAAUUUUUUUUAAAAAUUAUUAACUUUUUAAUAAUUCACAAUAUUAACUUUAAAAUCAGAAGAGUUUUUAUUUAUUUUAUGAGUGGAUUUAAAAAUUAAAACCAGAAAAGAAAAUGAAAACAAUUAAUUUUUUGCCUUGUUACUUUAAAAAUUAUUUUGCUUUAUUUUUACUUUAUUUUUUAUCAGAUAUUGUUGCGUUUUUUUCGAAAAAUAUAACAAAAUUUUCCCCCCAGUUAAGAUUUCCCAAGGUUUUGCAUGAUUUUCAAAAUUAUUCCCCAGAUCCCAAGGGGGGUCGUGAAUUCCCAAGAUCUUGGGAAAUUUCCCAAGGUGUGGUAGCCCUGCGUGUCACUGCUGAACACUUGCAGUCCAUCGUGAGAAUCUCAAUGACACAGAACGUCACUCCCAACAUAAACGAACUGACUUGUUUUCGUAACCAAGAAAAUGUGCCAAACAUCCAGCUCUGACAAAUGGGCAUAAGAACGAACAUGGAUAUGUUAAUGAUUUAAAUUAUUGAAACUUUUUUUUAUGUUUCAUCUAUAUAAAUAUUUUUUUGUUUUUUUAAAGAUUAAUUUUCCGUUUAUUGAAUGUUUAUCCUGUUCGACCCUCAACCUUACAUGUGUUUUGAGUUUUGGCCCACUGAGCAAUUGAGUUUGGCACCCCUGUUUUAUAUGGACACACAUCACCCAAUCUCAGAAUUUUGCAGCAAUACCACGACGAAUACACUGAAAUGUCCUUAAGUUACUGUAAGGCAGAAAGAUAUGACGUGGACUUAAAUAAUUGAAAGCAAAAAUAAAUAACCUUUUCAAGUUAAACUUUAAAGAAAAACUGUACCACCAUAUAUUACGAGUUACGAAACUUAUGGAAAUAGAACACAAACUUCGACUGUGAGUAACUGGGCAAUGAAAAUAUUAAACACUUUCCAAGGCCUCUUUAAAUACAGUUAGAUAAAUAUAAAAAAGGCUCCUUCCCCCCAAAUCUUCAAAAUCGACUGCAUUUCAUAACAAGCAACUGAAAAUAGCGUUUUAUUAUGCUACGAGUACCAGGUGUUGUUUAUUUGGUUCUUCGUCCUACCCAUGCAAAGAUGACAGAGACUUUGUUCCACCGUGGGUGCUCCGGUUGCCUGGGAGUCCUAUUUUUGCCAGGAAAUCUCAAUGCAUGGCUCAGAGGUCAUUUGAUUCCUCUUGCUGUGCGUUUUUUUUUUAUUAACAUCAGGGGGUAAGUAAACUCUUCGAAGGGUGUGCUGUGCUCCAAUGGCGAGUCUGCCCCGCCAUGGUGGGGUGAGCAAAAGUGAAUGUUUCGCAUGAGUUCCUGUCAAAGUCGAGGGAUUUGAUUGAUACUUUGAGGCCAACUUUGAAGGAUUAUUUUCCGUUAUCCCACAGAAAUCUCCCCUUUGGAUAUUUCACUGUAAUUAGUUGCUUGAUAAGUCUGUCAUCUGGCAAUCUUUCCACAUGUUCUGUACUUAGUUGCUUGGGAAGCAUGUAUCUGGCACUCAGGCAACGCGUUCAGAUCACCUGGCUUGUCCUUUCUGUAAACACCUGUGAAUGUUGAGAAAGCCGGGAUGUAGUCGGACUUCUGAAUCAGGGUCUUUGUACUGCGACAGUUAGCCCAUCACGUUGCGAAGACAUAAUAGUUGGAAAUGAUUUAGUAGUCUAGCAAGUAUGCUGUACACUGGUCCAUGUCUCACUGGCGUGAAUAUUAGUUGAUAAUUAUUUUCAGCUUGGUGAUAAAACUGACAUUUCUAGUUCAUCUGUGUGUUGUUGUUGUUUUAUUUCGUGGGGGGGGAGGGGUGGUGGGGCUGGGGGUCAAUUGGGAAGGGAUUUUUAAAAAAAAUAAAUUUCAAGUUUUGGCUAAAAUUACUAAUAUAAAUGAAAAAGGACUGUUGUUCAAAAAUUUUAAUAGCACGAUCACUCAUAUUUUUGACAGCGUGAAAAAGGAUAAUAUCUUUAGUAUUAUAUCAAAGAAAGGAGACAUUGCAAGUCAAUGUCAUUAUUCUUAAUUAAAAUUCACGUUUCUAUUGAUUUAAAAAGAAAAUUAAUUGAUUGUUGAAGACGAAAAGAACUGGACAAACAAAGUAACAAAAGAGUUUUUGAAGGAAAAAGACAACGGGUAGCGUAGGGGUCACCAACAGUGACAUUGUAUCAUCAAAACGUUAAAUAAGAUUACUUAAACUCUUAUAUAUAGUUUUCUUCUAGUAUGGCUGCUUCCUUUUCACAACCGGCCCUCGCCCUACUCAAUAUAUUUUAUAUAAAUAGUGCUGAGUGAAAUUUUUUAAAAAGUGAGUGUCGUACGUGAUGAUUGAACUCAGGUAAAAAGAUUGAAUUUUUGCAGAGGCGAUUAUUAUAUUAAUAAAUAAAGAACAUCCACGGGCAUGCUUUAUGAAAUCUGUAGGAGUGUCUGUAGGACUAUCUUUAGGAUUGACUGUAGGACUAUUCGAAAUAAGUCAGCAUAGGACUGUCCUUAGAAAAUGAGCAGUUAAUUUUUUAUUUUUUUGUAACAUUGAACCCGUUCCGGUAUUUUCUCCAAUUACUCGGAUGCGGUGUAAAAAAAAUAACUGCGCCCGGUUAACCCUUAGCCUUAAAUAUUUUUUCCGAAGUUAUAUUAAUAUUAAAAGUUUUCUCGUCGACUCCUCGAGAAGCAAGUCAUCCCAUGGGUGCUGGGGCUGGUUCUAUGUGUGGGUGCGCAGAUGGCCGAGGAGAACGUUUCUGGCACGUUCAUUUCAAUUCCUAGUACUUGCAAGGGAAAGACGAACGUUGUGGAUCGCUCUUAAGUUCAGUAUCUACUUCUCUGUUUGACUUUUGUUGCAUGGAGCCACCAUUUAACAUGUAGAUCGAACUCUUUUCUGUUCACACGUGUCCGGGCCUACCUAGAUCCCUUGCAGUGGGACUUUUAGGGUUGUCUUGAAAGCGUUCCCUCUGAAUGCCAACAGAGUGCUUUCUUUGGCCAAGCUUGUCAAGAAAUAUUAUUUCAGACAUCUGGCUGACUCUAGUGAUCAGAUUAUCGCUUCUUGUGUGUCGAUUAAAGGAAAGAAAAAUCUGUGUUUUGGAGGGAGGGGGGCUGUCUUUUGUCUCUUCAAUGAUGCGUUCACGGUGAAAUAUUUAAUGGAUUAAUCUUUAGAUGGAAAAAGGUGCGCUUCAAACGCUUUCAAAUUAUUCAGCCAAGUGCUCGAGAGCUCCUUCCUUCUCUGGGAUUAGUCCCAUCUCUUCCGUACACAGAAGUUUGGGUGAUUUCGAUGACGCGGUUCCUUCCACUUAUUUAAAAGCGCUGUUAAAGCUUGUCAUGUCAUUUGUCACCAUCUUUUGUAGUCAUUAGAUAUCUAUUGAUAUUAAUAAUAUUCGUGCUGGCAUUUAAAUUAUUUCAAUAGUGAUGUGCUUCUUCAUUUUUCGUGUUAACCAUAAUUUUUAAAACCAUAGCAAAAUUCUGUUGCUGCGGCAGAGCUUACACCCGAAAGAGGAGCUUCGAUGAGUCAGCUCACUAGUCAGCAGGCACCAUUUAAAGAGGAAGAAAUUGAUUUGGCAAAGGAGGUUGACAAUUUAAGUGUAAGUAUUCAAAAGAGUUAAGGAACAGUAUUCAUUACCGAUAACGGCAUCAGCCUAAAAUAACAUAUGUAAAUUCGAUGUUUGAAUUGUAAGUUAACAACUUGCAAACACAUUUAAUUAAGAAAGCAGACCACUAAAGUACAAGGUAAGUGAAACAAAUUUAAAUCUCAUAGAUGAAUAUUUUAAAUCACAUGUGUCAAACUCAAGGCCCGCGAGCCACAUACGAUCCGCCGUACAAUUAUUUAAGGCCCGCGAGGUCUUGACUGCGUAGACUUAGCCAAGUCAACGCUAUUGUGUUUCCCAAUGCACACUUUGCUGAAAAAAGUAGCUUAUUUCGCACCUAGUUUGCACGGCACUUUAGUGACUUUGAAGCACAGAAAUGUAAUUUCGAGAUGUUUCGUAACCUUUUUGUCAUGAACGUGCAAACUGCACCUUUAUAUUUGCAGCUGAGCUAAUAGAGCUGCAAUGCCAUGGGACACUAAAGGCGAAGUAAGACACAGUUGAGCCUGCACAGCUCAAUCGUUUCAUUCCUGAAGAGAUGCCCCAGCUUCAUCUACAUGCGGCUCGAACCUUGAGCAUGUUGGGUAGCACAUAUAUGUGUGAGAAGCUGUUUUCUGUGAUGAAGGUUAAAAAAAAAUCACACUGGAAUCGUCUCACUGAUGAACACUUGCAGUCCAUCAUGAGAAUCUCAAUGACACAGAACGUUACUCCCAACAUAAACGAACUGACUUGUUUUUGUAGCCAAGAAAAUGUGCCAAACAUCCAGCUCUGACAAAUGGGCAUAAGAAUGAACAUGGAUAUGUUAAUGAUUUAAAUGAUUGAAUUUUUUUUAUGUUUUCAUCUAUAUAAAUAUUUUUGCUUUUUUAAAGAUUAAUUUUCCGCUUAUUGAAUGUUUAUCCUGUUCGACCCUCAACCUUACAUGUGUUUUGAGUUUUGGCCCACUGAGCAAUUGAGUUUGGCACCCCUGUUUUAUAUGGACACACAUCACCCAAUCUCAGAAUUUUGCAGCAAUACCACGACGAAUACACUGAAAUGUCCUUAAGUUACUGUAAGGCAGAAAGAUACGACAUGGACUUAAAUAAUUGAAAGCAAAAAUAAAUAACCUUUUCAAGUUAAACUUUAAAGAAAAACUGUACCCCCAGAUAUUACGAGUUACGAAACUUAUGGAAAUAUAAUAAAAAAUUCGACUUUGAGUAACUGGGCCUGUGAGUGUUUUGUAAGACCUGUAAAAUUUUAAAACAAUUUUUAACAUCAUAAACGAUCAAUGUCUUGCGCUGCGAGUAGUGUAUAUGUUUUGUCUUGGAAUGGAUUCGAUUGAGGAAGACAUCCAAAAGCUGUUGGAGAAAAAUUACCAGGAACAGAAAAUCGAAGAACUGAUGGAUCUGCACCGCGAACUACAGUAAGAGGGUAUGGAAACGAUGCCGUCCGAGGAGGAGGAAGAGAAAAAAACACGAAGAACUUGUGAUGCUUUAAGCGUGAUUUGUUAAACAUGUUAUAGAAGAGCAAACCACCUCAAAAAGGGCGUGGCAAAAUAAGCGAUGAAUCAACUUAAGACAGUGCAACAUGUUAUAGAAGAGCAAACCACCGGAAUAAGGCCGUGGCAAAGCGAGCGAUGAAUCAACUUAAGACAGUGCAACUUGUUAUAGAAGAGCAAACCACCUGAAGAAGGCCGUGGCAAAGUGAAUGAUGAAUCAACUUAAGACAGUGCAACAUGUUAUAGAAGAGCAAACCACCGGAAUAAGGCCGUGGCAAAGUGAGCGAUGAAUCAACUUAAGACAGUGCAACAUGUUAUAGAAGAGACACACGCAAAGAUCAUUGGAUAGGUUCCUUGCUAAAGUUUCUAAAACAUAACAUAAUAUGUCCAUGAGCCAACAGUAAGCCGCGUUUCCAUUAGUGACACACUAGUGACAUUCAUCACACUCAACACUCCUCUUAUUAUUCUUCUCUCUCUCUCUCUCUCUCUCUCUCUCUAUCUCGCCCCAGCAACGAUUUUGUUAAAAUUUAAUUAAUACAUUUAAUUAAUUGAUUAUCAACAAAUUUUAAAAAGUAAUUUGUUCUAAAUAUAACUGUGCUACUAAAAGAAUCAUUACAGAUAGCCAUUAUAUCUUAUGGGGAGAUUCGCUUUCAUAUUCAAGUGUCUUGACUUUGAAGCACGGUUCCUAAACACAUUGUGCUCGUAAUCCAAAGUUUUAUUAUGCUUGAUCAAAUUUAUAGUUAGUAGACCUCUAGAACAAGGGUCUCAAACUCACGGCCCUUGUGCCAUUUGCAAUCUGACACAGUAUCAAAGAAUCCUUAUUAAAUGCACAGCUAAUGUUUUCAAGUGAGGGAAAUUCAGAGCCUGUCAGUAUGGUCACUUUCAAAAUAGGGUUAGUCAAAAAGACAUUUUCUAAGAUUUAAAAAAAUCAAAAUUCAGAGUGCACGCACGAGAAAAAUUAUGUAAACAAGCUCUAUAUAACAGGGAGCACAUAUCUUAAAAGCUCUUUUCCACUAUAAAAUUUAAAAAUUGAAAGUUCAUGGUAAAAUUACUGAUGGGCAUCUUCAAGCUAUACUGAGGAUCUUGGUUGCAACCUCACUCAGGCCAAAUGUUGUUCAGCUGCGUAAGAAGAAGUGCUGCCAAGUCUCUGGCAAUAAGGAGUAGGAAGAAGAGAGUCAAGAUUAGUUCUUAAGAACCCAUACUGUUUUUAUGUGUUAAUAUUAAAGGCUGAGCAGAUUGUAACAGUUGUAAUUUUUUGAAUUUAUAAUCGCAUUUUUAAACACUUGGUGAGGCCCAGUCUCACUCAGACCCUACCUCCUGCGGCCCAGUCUCACUCAGACCCCACCUCCUACGGCCUAGUCUCACUCAGACCCUACCUCCUGCGGCCCAGUCUCACUCAGACCCUACCUCCUGUGGCCCCCGGAUGAUUUGAGUUUGAGACCCGUGCUCUAGAAGCUAGUACAAUUUUAUAAAAAUCUUUGUGGUGGAUAGGUAAUUUAUCGAAAUGUCCCAAUAGAAACCAGAAGCAAUGGGCAGUGAUAUCGUGUCAGUCUGUGUGUCUAGACUUAUCUAUCAAGCGUUAUCUAUCAGAUUGUCUUUCUUAAUAUACAAGUCUGUAUGUGUGUCUAUCUCUAUGUUGUUUAUUUGCAUCCAUGUUUAAAUAUAUAAUAAACUAUUUAUGCAGAAAAACCUUGUAGCGAUAUCCCUGAAACAAGAAGUUAUCAGCUUGCUGCUUAUAGGACCUCAAGGAAGUGGGAAAACCUCGACGGCCAAAGCAAUUUUGGGAUCCCAAAGUGAAAUCUUUGAAUGUGGUCCAAAAACUAAGAUGGGUACUACCCAUUUUGACAAUUAUGAGCUGAACGUCAUCGAAUGUUCUGAACUGUUUGGGGAUGAGAACAGCUACGGCUAUGUUAUGGACAGUAAACAAAUGUGCUCUAAAAUCAUGUCCGAUAUAUUGAAGGUGAUUCCUAAAGGUAUUCACGCACCAGUUUUCGUUCUGAAGUUUGAAAUCACUCCCAGCAAUACAAAUGCAGUACUAGAAUAUACUUUUCUGAAACGGAUGUUUGAACCCAAGUUCAUCAAGGCCCAUGGCAUAUGUCUGGUGACUAGAGGUGACGUGUUCAAUGCCAAGUUUCACAGAGAUUUAAGCGAGCUGACGUUUACAAAUUGGUGUCGGCAACAGGAGGGACUGCUCAAAGAAAUCUUCGAGGCCUUCAACUACAGGUGUUUUCUGAUUGACAACAAAGAAACAAAUGAAGAAUUACUGCAGAAACAAGUGCGAGAUUUGAUUUCAUUUGUGAAAAGAGACUGGCCCGAGCCAUUGCUGGUCUCUGUCAGUAAGUAUCUAAUUUGAUGGCCCCAGCCAGGGCUGAUCUCUGUCAGUAAGUAUCUAUUUGACAAUUGUUUUUUUAUUGUGUAUACAAAACGUGACAAAUGUUACCAAAUAAUUAUGCAAAUGAUUUAAAAAUGAAAGCUCCAUCCCAUGAUCACAAUAUUAAAUCCCUGAACUGUUAUUCUCAAUAAAGUCAUUGAUAUUAAAUAAAUGACUUCCAUUCAUAUUUUACUAAAAUAUGGAAAACAUGGCAAAACAAAAUGUACUUUUAAAUCAUCUUUAUAAAGACGAAAUUAAACUUUCUGUUCCAUUAUGUUUAAUUUACAGCCACUCAUAAAAAUGUCUAAGAUUUCGCCUCCGUAAUUCGCCUUCGGUAUUGCUCUGCUUUUUUUUUUUUUUUUUUUUCCCUCCCCCCCCCCACACAAAAAAAAGUAGGUCAACUUUCACAUAGGAAAAAAAAUAUAUUAAAAAAUCUCUAGAUCCUGAUAUGCGAGCCCGAGCAGACGUUACCAUGGUCGUCGAAAUAGCGAGCAGCAAGGAUGUCUACCAGAACCAGGUGGAGCUUACAACUGGUUACAUCAGCAACUAUGAAAACAGCCAGUCGGAAGUAGAGAUUAAUGUUAUAACUGUUGGAGAAAAGGAACACCAAACCUACUGUUUGAAAGAUUUCAGCUGUCACCGGGAUUUGAUUGGGGUAGGUCAUUAAAGUAUUGAAAAGUGACAAGUUCUAAUAUGCCCUUGCAUUUUUACUACGACCUGCGUUGAAAGCGAAUCAAACGAACUUUUUAAAUUUGUAUUUUUACACGAGCUUGCGUUACCUGGUCAAGACAGGUUCUAUGUUUUAAGAUUCUGAGUAUCAAAAUAAAACUAAUUAGAUCUAUCAUUUUCCUUCUUAGGCCCUUAAAGACUCUCCAUAUUUGGGACCAUGUUCUGGAACUCAAAAAGCCUUGAUGUUAGCUCAAAAAGUCGUUGAAGACUCAAAAGCAAAACAUCCAGAUGUCAAGCAGAUUACAAUCAUUAUCAGUGAGGGACAGUCCCAAGACGAAGAGAGUGUAGUGGCUGAAGCAAAUAAGCUGAAGGAGCUUGGAACAAAAGUUGUGGUGGUCGGGGUCAAGUGUACCAACCAGCGGUACCUGGAGAAAAUCGCCUCUGACCCUGAUGACGUCUAUGUGGUCACUGGUUAUGGGGAACCAAUAAAAAAGCUAAACCACAAAUUAAAAAGUCAGACAUGUGUCUAUGGUAAUUUCUAGAGUUUAGAGAGUUAAGACUUGGCAAUAUCUAAAUGGUGGGCUUAAAUUAAUGUGGUCCUACUGUUUGUGCUAUGUUAAUCCUGUUGACUAUUUCACAUAUAAAAUCUUUACAUUUUAAAAACUAUUCCAAAGGUCCUUCAAACAAAAUAUGGUCUAUUAAUUUCACACAGCUAGCGCAUAUGGAAGACAUCUGCUCGCACACAAAACGAACUGUCCAUACGUGACUUUCCAAUAUGAAAGAAUGAUCCGCGUCAAAUUCAUAGAACGCCCAAUACAUACAUUAAAUGUGACACAAGAACAAAAGAUAUUAAUAACGAGUUAUUAAAUGAUGUUCGUCAUUUGAGUAUCUUCUGUCAAAUCAAGCUAUUUUAUUGUGUUUUGGGUGUAGUGUAAUUGGAAUCAACCAGAAGUAAUAUUAAAAUUAGUAUUUUUUUCUGGCAGGUCCAGCGUUCCAGUCAACAGCUGACAUAUUGUUCCUCAUAGACUCCUCUGGAAGUAUCAGCCAAGUGAACUACAAAAAGGAGCUCACAUUUGUUGUGAAAGUAGUAGAGUGCUUCAACAUCAGCCCGGAAGACGUCCAGUUUGCUGCCAUGACAUUCUCAAGGGAAAUAAUCACUUUGUUUGAUUUCAACAGCAGAACCCACCAAGAGAUCAAACAGGUCUGAAUCAGGCAUUCAUUCCACAAGAGCAAAUAAAGAUAUUAUAAUAUAUGUUAAUUUUUUAAAUUUAUACAUUAUUUUCAAUGUGGAAAGUCAAAUAUUUUAUUUUUAUUGAAAACAUUUCAAAAUUUAAAAUGCUACGUUUAGUAAAUAGUAUACACUGGAAUUAACCGGAUGCAGGUUUCGUUUUUCACACCGGGUACAGGUAAAUUAAGAAAACACCAUGUGGGCCCAAGUGUUUCAAAAACAAAAUGAGUUAAGUUCUCAUUUUCUGUACUAUGCAACGAAAUAUACUGCUCCAUGUCGUAGUGAGUAAUCAUGCCUUCGUUAACCAUUUGUGUCAAUAAAUAACCCACUGAGAGUAUCAGGAAGUUGCCGGAUCCCGGAAUAGAGAUGACGUUAAACAAAAACCCGUCGACAGAGAAGAUACUGUUGUUGUUUUUUAUAACAAAGACUUACAAAACAAUAUUCGCAGCAUAACGAACAUAGCAAUACCUUCCUGUAGAAGGCCACGGUAAAGAAUCACAGGCGGACACAUCACCCAAGUGAAAGGACGGCCGAUGACCCAAUUCUAUGUGGUGUGCAGCCCCCGAACAAAUAUGUGAAAGAACAGUGACAUGUUAAAAAUAUUCCGUUUCAAGAAAAAAAAAUGAACCUAUUUUCCCGAGUUCAGACGUCACGCAUUAAGCUCACUGCGUCACAGCGUCACAGCCUUUUUUCACUUAUUAUUAUUUUUAAAAAAACAACAUUUGGAUGGGGGCGGUUUUAAAGAAAAAGCAGGACGUACCAGAAGCAAUAUUAUAUAUAUAUAUUAGAUACAUUGGCUUUAAAACUUACUUUAUCUAAUGUAAACUAUAUUCAAAGUAAUCCAAAUUAUGUUCCUGCUUUAUUUAACUAGUAGGAUCAUAAUGCUUGAAUUUUCGUGUGUUUAAGGCGGGAACUAUAUGGCUGUUAUAUUGUUGACAUGACAGCGAUACACAAUGACCGCGACGUUGUUGUUCGUCCGUCAAAAUCGACUAGGACCAUCGAGUCAUCCGCGACGUACAAUGGCAGUUGCACACAUUGACAGUGGUAAACGCUGACAGUGAGACAAAAUGACAGUAGGACACACUUUCAUUGGUUCACGGAGACAGUGGGUCACAAUGAUAGUGGGACAAAAUCACAGUUUCCUAAAUGAAUGUGAAACACUAUGACAGUGGGACAAUAUGGCGGUGAGACACAAUGAAGGUGGGGCACGAUGACAGUUGGACACAAUGACAGUGGGAUACAAAAUAUCGGUGACUUGAAUUCUGAAACACAUGGAAGAGAAAAGUUCUCAGGAAAAUAAAUGGACCAAAAAAAGGAUGAAUAUGGAUGGAGAAUACGAAACAACCAUGAAUUGUAAAGUCUAUAUCAGAAUACCAUUAUCAGAUAGUAGCAGAGAUAAAAGAGGGUCGGCUACAGAGGAGUGAAGAGGGUCCAUCACAAAAGCCCCAGAGAAAAAACUUCUCACAGGCUGACCUAGGCUUAAAUAGAUGGAUGAUGUGGAAAAAAGAUCUACAACAGCUGGAAAUCCAAUGCACGGAAAAGAAAAGCAUUUGUUGGUCUGAGUGGAAGGAAGUAGUGAGGUAGGCCAAAGCCCUACAUGGGCUAUAACGCCACUGAGAUGGAUGGAUGGAUGAAUUCUGAGGUUGAUGAACCGAUGAUAUUCCGCACUGUCGAAGAGACAUCAAGAGCUUUUUGCUACCAUAUAUCGUUGGCUGUCAAACACAUUUCUUGUCUUGAAAAAGUAUUGGCAUCCUACUGAACUUAAGAACGAUCAUGAUAUAAAAUAAUGACAUAAAAUUUUGUUUGAAAAAAAUAAGUCUUGUUGAAACUGACAUUCAAAAGAUUACCCAGCACCUCUUUAGCAAGAAUUAAUCUUUUACUGGUAACGAUCUUGAAUUCCAACCACCGUGUCUUUUUCAAUGAUAAAAAACAACAACACGAAACAUACUUAAUAAUUUCAUUUUUUUUUUCAUUACUCUCCACAGCGUUUCAUUAUCAACUUUGUUGUCUCACAAUAUUGCAAUUAUAAAUGCAUGGUGUAGAUCUUUUUAUUGUAAAAUUGUAAAAUUGAAUAUCGUAUUUAAGGCCACACUCGGCGCAACAUAUCAAGGAGGAGGAACCCCAACGGCCCAGGCCCUUAAGGCUGCAAGAGAACAUUUUGCCAGAAGACAGGAUGACCGACGGUCAGUUUCAAAGAAAAUCACUAUCGUCAUCACUGACGGGGAAUCAGAUAACAAGAGCGAAACUCGUAGAGAAGCUCAACUACUCCAAGACGACGAAGUUUUGGCUCUGGCCAUAGGGGUGGAAAAUGCAAAUCGACAAGAGCUGGAAGACAUCGCGUCCCUCCAAGAUGAUGUUUACUGUGUGGACAACUUUGAUGUGCUUGAAACAAUCAAAGACGAAAUUGCUGGUAAAACAUCAAAACUAGGUAAAGCUUUUCCCGUUUAGUCUACAUUAAAAAUUAUAUUAAAAGAUCCACCAACGCAGAUACAGAAAAAACAACUAAGCAUUAGUGACAGGACUGCCUUGAUUUCAACUAAGCAUUAGUGACAGGACUGCCUUGAUUUCAACUAAGCAUUAGUGACAGGACUGCCUUGAUUUCAACUAAGCAUUAGUGACAGGACUGCCUUGAUUUCAACUAAGCAUUAGUGACAGGACUGCCUUGAUUUCAACUAAGCAUUAGUGACAGGACUGCCUUGAUUUCAACUAAGCAUUAGUGACAGGACUGCCUUGAUUUCAACUAAGCAUUAGUGACAGGACUGCCUUGAUUUCAACUAAGCAUUAGUGACAGGACUGCCUUGAUUUCAACUAAGCAUUAGUGACAGGACUGCCUUGAUUUCAACUAAGGAUUAGUGACAGGACUGCCUUGAUUUUAACUAAGCAUUAGUGACAGGACUGCCUUGAUUUCAACUAAGCAUUAGUGACGGGACUGCCUUGAUUUCAACUAAGGAUUAGUGACAGGACUGCCUUGAUUUUAACUAAGCAUUAGUGACAGGACUGCCUUGAUUUCAACUAAGCAUUAGUGACAGGACUGCCUUGAUUUCAACUAAGGUUUUUAAAUUUUUCUUUUGUAGAUAAUUGGUUUUUUUUUUAAAAUCAAACAUUUAGUAAUUCGUUUAUUUCGUCUUGCAAUAAUGCAAUAAGUAAUUAGACAUCAUAUUAUCUCCAUGCUCGUGCCAAGCAGCCUUUCCCUCUGAGUGGCCAUGCACAUAUUAACGCAGCACCACUUAUGUAUAUCAAACGAUCCGGAUGAGCAAAUUACGCUACAUAGUGAUCAGCUCCGUGAUGGCGAAUUCUUUCUCUUAAAUUUAGGACCGAGAGAUAAACAAUCAUUUUGUCUGUUCCAACACCAGCGUGGUCCCCCCCCCCCCCCAACGAUUACACAAUCUAAAUGCUCACACAUUAAGUUGUUACUGUUGUUAAUGGAGUUCUUUUAAGGAUGAUUUCUACGCUAGAAAAGACUUGUGAUGUCUUCUGUUUAAAUAUUUGUAAUUAUGACAUAUUGUCUUACUUAUAAAUAGGUACUUAUGUAUAUGCUGAAAAUGAAUAUGUAAAAUGUAGAAAAAAAACCUAAUUAUUAGGAUUAAUAAAGAAUCUCAUCUCAUCUUAUUUAAUGGUGACGCCACUGAAUUUAAUGGGAAACCUGCGCUUGAGUUAAUGUUUUUUUAUAUGUAGAGAAUACAUUUUAAAUUUGCAAGAACUGCCAAAAAUUCUUUUAAUUCUUAUAGAUUUAGGUAGUUUUAAACUGAUAUUAGAUUGUUAUCAUUGCCCCAAUAACAUAAUACACGCUGACAAAAGAAAUGUAAAAUCUUUUAAUUUUAAACCUAAGAACGAAAGCAGUGUGUAGCUAUUACAUAACGGUAUAUAUUUAACAACUUAUUUUAACAUGAGAAAUCACAAACUAAAUAUACCCCAGGAUUAAAUGUAAGCAUGUGAUUCUCAUCCCUCAAAAAUAAUAUAUCCAUUAUUAAAAUUAAACUCAUAUACAGAAGGAGGUAAAACAGAUUCAUUAGAUCUUUAUUUUUAUUAUUUUUUUUUUUUUUACAAUUCCAUACAGAGAAGGCAAAGAGAGAAAGAAGACAGCGAGUUUUCGUUGAGCCUGAACUUGAAGAUGUCAAUGUUCCGUAAUUAUAUGAGACAAGGAGACGCAGAGAUGGCGAUGAAGUAAAGAUUGAACUGACCUUUUAUUUAUAUAGAGGACUAAAUACUAAACUUUGAUGUAUGAGUUAACAUAACCAUUUUUAUGUAUAUAUAAAUAUAUACAUGUAUAUUGUCUAUAGUGGAUAUGUGUAAUUUUUUGUUCAAUAUCAUUCUAUUUUAUUGAAUGGGCUACGCGUGCAUUUUCUAAGCUCUACAUUUCUCAUUUUUAAUUAAAAUAACAAUGAGCGUUCCAUUUUUAUCCAACUUUUAAACACAUUAUUAUUUUUAAAGUGUUCAAAACUCCGUCAAGGGUUGCGUGCGGUUUUGUGGAUCAUCGAAAAGAUUGGGAACCCUUGAUUCAAGAAAUAAUAUAAUUUUUACUCGUAGGAUUUUUAAAACAGGAUUGUCUUUCAUGCGUAAGCCUAAAAAUAACUAACAUCCAAAAAUAUGAAAAGAAUUAAGAGAGCUCAAGAGAACCAAACAGAACCCAAGAAAAAAACAACUGAUUAUUAAAUGGUAAUAUAGAUUUGAUAUGUUUCUUUAGAUUAAGACAAACAAAUUUUGGUUGAAAAAAAUAAUGAAAAAAGAAUACUUUCUGUCAAAUUUCAGCAUCUUAUAUGACCUCCGUAUUUAACUUAUACAAGUACUAUCAUGUUUUACUAUAUACAAAAUAAUUCGUAUUUAAAUUGCGUGCUUUUCAUAAUUUUUAAAACACUUAAAUAAUAUGUUCAUUAGUUACAUGUCGCGUUGAUGUCAAACUGUUGAUAUAAAAAAAAAAUUGUUUGGUAUAUACCUUGAGUUGAAGAGCGAUGUCAAUAAGAUUUAGAGUUUGUGUCAGGUCGUGUUUUAAGUGGUUUGUAACUUGAUGUGUGUGUAUCCUUCUUUGGAAAUGUAAUUCUUCGUAGGUAAAAGGAGUGUCUAUGAAGAAGGAAGGAAAAUCUUUAUCACAAUUUUAUCACAAAGAAAAGAGGAAAAUUAUUUACUAGAGAAAGAAGGUUGAUUUGAUUUCCCUGAUGAAACAGCUAAGAUCAUGUCUAAUGACCAGUCUUAUAAUAAACAGCUUGGAACAUGUUUUAAAAUGAACAAUAUAGACCAUGUUUGAUAAUGAACAGCUGAGACCAUGAUUUAUAAUGAACAGCUCAGACCAUGAUUAACUCGUUACACUCUUCAUGGUCCAUAUCAUGAGCGGACAUUUUUGCCAAGAUCAAGACUUUUGCAAUAUUUAUUAUGUUGAAGUGUUCAUAGCUAAUAUGAUCACUAAUUAAAUAAUUAAUUUGAGUAAUGUGGUUCUUUUAUGGAAAAUUUCUACGCGAAA